UAACUACCAUCACAUCGCGAGCAUGUCUUCUGAGAUUUACAACUUCACAACAGCGCUGGUAACUGGCGGAGCCGGCGGAAUUGGAAAAGCCAUCUCUGAACGCCUCAUUGCGGAUGGCAAAAAAGUAAUCAUCGCAGGCCGAACCGAGUCAACCCUCAAAUCCUCCGCAAAAGAAAUCGGAGCAAUAGAUUACUACGUCCUGGAUACAGGCGAGAUAUUCGCGAUUCCGGCUUUCAUCAAGAAGCUUCUCACGGAACACCCCGACGUAGACUGUCUCGUCAACAACGCCGGUGUACAAAGACCUCUGAAAAUAAACGAGGAUGAUCCCACGGAACUGUUAAAGAAAGCAGAUGAAGAGAUAAAUAUCAACAUCCGUGGACCAAUGCACCUAGCCAUUGGACUGUUGGAGCAUUUCAAGUCGAAACCCAACGCAGUCAUUGUCAAUGUCUCCUCCGUCCUCGGCUUCGCUCCCUUCUCAACUAUCAACCCCGUCUACAAUGGAACGAAGGCCUGGAUGCAUUUCUGGUCCAUUAAUCUUCGGCAACAAAUUAGCGGGACUAAUGUUCGUGUGGUUGAGAUCGCACCGCCGGCGGUGGGCACCGAUCUUCAUCGCGAAAGGGAGAAUCCGGAUGAUAAUAAGAAGGAUCAGAAUCCCGAUGCUUUGACUGUAGAGGAAUUCAUCGAGGAGGCAAUGGACAAGUGGACGAAAGGGGAUGAGCUUAUUACAGCAGGUCCGGGGAACAAAAUCAUUCAGAACUGGGAAGGAUCCAUGGGGAAGAUAUACGAUCAAUUGCUCGAUUCUGCCUCCGAAGACGAAAUGGCACGCGACGACCCAAACGCGUUCCCCACCCCAGAUUCAAACACGGAAAACAAAGCGCCAGCCCGCAAGCCACGCGGACGAGCCGCGCAAAAGGACAAGGAAUCGAUUGCGACGAAAGCCGCUGCAAAACCAAAGGCUGCUGGGCGUCGCGCUGCUGCUGAGGGUGCGAAGAAACAGAGUGUAGAUGUCGCAAAGAAGACGGGCACAAGGGGUCGCAAACCACUUGUGGAAGUGCAGAACGCACAGACAAGCGACACGGAAGAGGUUGAAGAGUUUGCAGAAGAAGAUGAGGUCGCAGCUCCGGAACCAGUCAAACCAGCGAAGCGGGGUCGACCUGCAAAGGCCAAGAAGGUGGAGGAAGCACCAGCAGCAGAAAUCGACGCACCUGCGAAGAAGACGCGUAAAGGAGCUGAGAGUGCGGCGACAAGCAAGGCAGUAGCUAAAGCAAAGACGACCGCCAAGUCAAGGACAACAAAACGCGUGCAGGAAGCCGAAAUGGAAUUGGACGAAGACCCAUCAACGAUCCUGGAGACCCAAGCAGAGCCCGAACCCGAAGCGAUGGACAUAGAAGAAUCCAUUGAGAUUGAAGAGAUACCAGAGACGCAGCCUCCUCCGCCCAGACCUAUCGCAAGACGGGCACAACUCAAAGCACAAGCAGGGCAUCAAACGUCUGCUGGACCACGGCGAGCAGGGAGUGUUUCCGAUACAGAGCGAGAUCCAGCAUUGCGGCGCAAAGUGGGCGACCUCACAAAGAAGCUUGAGGCUAUGACCACAAAGUACGAUAGUCUGAAAGAAGUUGCGACGUCAGGGAAGGAGUCAAACUUUGAUCAAUUGAAAAGGCGAACAGAUCAGACGACCAAGGAUCAAGACGCCUUAAUCAAGGCACUCAAACAGCAAAUCAGCGAAAUGCAGUCCCGCUCAGCAGAUUUGACAGCCAUGAAGAAAAACAUAGCCAGACUUGAGAAGGAAAAUGCGAGCCUAACUGCCCAAAACAAAACACUCACAACUUCCCUCACAUCAGCACAAAAUGAGAACAAAACUCUCUCUACGAAGCUCGUUGCAGCAAGGGCUUCAGCAGCGCCAGAAGCUAAGACCGUACCAGGCAGUGCUGUCAAAGCUCGCUCAAUAGGCGUUGUCCUCCCUGGUGCUGCUGAAGCAGCGAAGGAAGCCCAAUUGAAACAAAACAAGAUUGAUCUUUACAGUGACCUGACGAACCUUGUAGUCGUUGGCACGAAGAAGGGCGAUGAUGGAGAGGAUGUCUACGAUUGUCUCCAAACUGGCCGCAAUGGCACACUUCAUUUCCAACUUUCUGUUAGCAAUGGCGAUGAAGCCUACGAUGACGCAGAAUUCGUUUAUAGCCCCUUGUUGAACGAACAGAGAGACGCAGAGCUUCUCGACUUGCUACCUGAUUAUCUCACUGAGGAAAUCUGUUUCCCACGGAAUCAUGUUGCCAAAUUCUACAUGAAGGUCCUUGACUCUAUGGCGAAGAGGGUGGAAGUCGAGGAUGCUUAA